CACCAUCAGAGUAGCAUAUGUGUCUGUUUUCGCGGCUCAAGCCACCCCCCCGCUAGCAAGGAAGCGAAUGCUUCCCGACCAGAGCCAGCGAUGCCACGAAUACCGACCCGGAUGAUCCUGGAUGCAUAUCGACAUGACCCUCUGCUUCCCCUACUUUUACAGGAGUGUCGCACAAUCCACUCCGCCAAAAAUGAGCUGCGCUGGCUGAAGGAGCGAGCUGUGACUGUAGCUCAAUCGAGCUCCACAAAAAGAUCCUCUACUACGUCCAAACAUGCUCUUUAUGGGUGGCGGGGUUUACUUAGGUCAAUGUGUCGAGCACGAUCCCGAGGCAAACCUCUCCAAUACAUCCUUGGCGAUCAGCCUUUUGGGGAUCUGGAUAUCAUGUGCAAGAAAGGCGUUCUUAUCCCAAGACCCGAGACGGAGACGUUUACCGUACAUGCUGCCAGCUUGAUAUCGCGCGAUAUCCUCAAAUUUGAACGACAUUCUCGGUCUGGGGAUCAUGCAGCCCCAGCCCCAGCCCCAGCCCCAACUCCUUUACGUAUCAUAGAUCUUUGUACCGGCACAGGCUGCAUACCUCUGCUCUUACAUGCCCUUCUUUCUCCGCAUGUACCGGAAAUCUCCAUCGUCGGUAUCGAUAUCAGUACCACGGCCCUUAACUUGUCGGAAAGGAAUCUGAUGCACAACGUUAAACAAGGCUCGCUGUCUGCCCGCGCGAUGGCGGAUAUCACCUUCAGACAGGGCAAUGUCCUUAGCGGUUCAAAGGCUGACCCUUUUCACGUGGAGAACAUCCUACAGGAUCUCUCCAAGCCCUCCGUCGACACCCCGCCGCCUGUUAAUGUGAUAAUAUCCAACCCCCCCUAUAUAUCUGCCGAAUCCUUCGCAGAUGGGACCACCACACGCAGUGUCCGGAUGUAUGAGCCUAAGCUCGCACUAGUCCCGCCGGUCAAUCAUGUUCCCUUGGCGGUUGCCUUAGACCGGCAGGAGGACAUCUUCUACUACCAUAUCAUAUCGCUUUCGUUCGGUCUCAAGGCAGGCCUUGUGGUUCUUGAAUGUGGCGAUCGCCUACAAGGGCGACGUGUAGCUGCGUUAUGCACUACCCUUGCACACGAACAUUCGCAGUCGGACAGCUUGCAUGUGAGCGUCUGGCCCUCAGGCAAUGAUGAGAGCGCAAAUGGCAGUGGCAGCGGCAGCGCUCACGUCGACGCCGAGCCUUGUAUAGUCAUCUUGCACCGGACCGGGUCGAAUUAGCAUCCCUGUCUACCUGGAUGUCCAAUUGGAUUGAAAUCCC